CAAGCAUUGCUUGAAGACCUCCAAGCAAGAUCCAUGGGAGAGGUAUAAGACCCGGUCCUUUGCCACCCACGAGCCUCCCUGUUGUCUCUUCAGCAGUGCUCACAAUCUCUUCUUCACCCCAACCCCUCAGGUACGUUGGCGGACUUUCAAGACUCCUUUCGCUCCAGAAGACUGGUUCUUACUUGUGGAGUCGACGCAACCUCAUCGUAUACCCAAAGCCGGACUGCAACAGCAGACACGACGCGAAGCACACCAGCUGAUAAUUAGGCGAAGCCGUUAACAACUCACCUCCAUUAGCUCCUCCCACUCCCAUUCCUCUCCAUCAGCACUCAGUCAGCAGAGCUUACGAUGCAACCCACGACUAAAGCCCUCCUGGUGGCAUGGGUCACCAUGCUGCAGCUCGCAGUCGCAAUGCCCUUGGCCGAUCUCGGCACAGUCCGAGGUAGCGAAGGCUCCGCUACGAACGCUGGUCCUCCCCAACCGGGCGUCAAUGAUUCGGUCGAUAAGUACUCCCCUCGAGACGUGACGCAAAGCGCAGUCGAAUUCUACGAGCCCGCCGCUGUGCGUUCCUUCCAAGCGGAUGGGGCUACUAUCGAGGCCAGAUUUGCACUCGCGCAUGAUGGCCAGCAUUGGAUCGUCGUACCUCCUAUUGCACGAAGCAUCAACUCUGAGCCUACCAGAUACGUACAAGUCGGCCGAGACCUUGUCGCGGACAAAGAGAGCCUGGCCUUGCGGGAUGUUGCGCGCUCAGAAAACGCCGCUCUGGUGGGGAGGGCCUUCUCGAAGCUCCAGUGCUUCACUGCUAUCAUGACUCUCAGCUGGGGCAAUGAUGACGGGUGCUCAAAGAAUCCCAAGAAGGCCACCAAGCUCAAAGUCUCCGAGGUGAGCACCAAGCGAGACGUGCCAGAGCCAGAGCCAGAACCAGAGGAGCGAGCUCUGGUAGAGCAGCAAGAAGAAACUGGACUCGUACCGAUGUUGAAGCGUGGCUACUCGAAUUUGGCUUGCUUCACCUGGAUCAUGACGAUGAGCUUGGGUAAUGAUGCUGGGUGCUCAAAGCACGCCAAGAAGGCUACGAAGCUCAAGAUUACCGAGGUCAGCACGAAGCGGGACUUGUUGGCUCUAUCUCAAGGUGAUGCUGACUUGGUUAGUGCAAGAGCUGUCGUGGCCGAGGACAAUAUGACCAGUGAAUUCGGCCGACGCGCUGAAAGUGUCGAUGAGCGAGAUGUAGGUACAGAGACAGAAAAGGUGAGUGCCAUUGACGAUCAGAUGUGGCAAAAGCGCGGGAAGGUCCGAGAUGGAUUUGAGAGGACCGCCAAGUGCAUCCAAGCAAUCUCGACUCUGUUCUUGUUUAAGCCAUACCGCGACCAGUGUGUAUACAACAAGCCCUGGGACAAGCGGGAUAACGAGCUCUAUCGAUCGGCUCAGAGAUCCUACCAAGAGCGAGACGUCGUCAAGGCUGAGUCGCAGCAGACUCUCACAAAGAGGCGCUCUUUCAUCGACUAUCUGAACAAGGGCGCCAAUUGCUUCCUGGCCUAUGGACUCGCUUUGGGCACGGUACCCAUCUACAAAGAGGGGUGCAAGAAUAGCAAGCGGGAUGUCACCGUAAUACAGAAUCUCGCUGGGGGCCACAUCAGCAAGCGAGACAAAACUACUGAGAUGUCCGAGCUCCCGAAGCGUGGCGUGGGAGACAAGAUUCACCAGUGGACCAUGUGCGGUGUGGCCUAUGGUGUUUUGUUCGGACAGAUCAAGGAAGUGACAGACGUAUGCAAAGGCAAGAACAAGCGCGACCUCACCGCGGUCGAGACCACAGACGAAGAGAAGCGUACUCUCCCGGAGGCCCUUUCUCGCUUUCGGUUCGGCGAAGAGAAGCCAGUUACCGAGCGACGUGACGAAGUCGAAACGCGCAAGCGCGGCGUCGCGGGCUGCAUCAUGUUCAUCACGACCCAGAUGGGAGACUGGAACAGCUGUCGCUCGAGGAGUAGCCGACGCAAGAAGGCAUUCAAGAAGCCCUUCAAAAAGGCGUAUGAUCACAUCAAGUAUCUCUAUUGAAGACAGGGCGCACAUUUCAGGCAAGGAGACGGACUCAAUUUGAAUUCAAUCAAUUGGAGUUCAUCAAGCGGCAAGAAACACUUGGCGGCAGUAGGUGGGG